AUGCUAGCUGGUGCAAUUGCAAUCAAUAACAUGACCGAGGCAAUGAUUAUCAACUGUGGGGAAGUUUACGGCCGAACUCAAAUGGUAGAUGUCCAUCGAGAAAAUUUCUCUACCAAAAAGGGAUCACCACCUUCGACCACGUUACCCCUAGACAAUACCAAGUACCCAAAUGUGUGGAUCACGACAAAAAUGGACAGUGAUGGCAAGAAGCUUAUCAUCGGUACUAAAUCAUGGAAUCUACUGGUGACAUCGUCACUGCGAAUCGAUACUGUUAAGCCUCCAAGUGUCAGUGGCACACAUGUCCACUUCGAUCUCGAUCAUGACCAAGCAAAGACAACUGCAAUUUUUCUCAACAUUGCAUCGAUCAAAAAAGCAAGUUUAUUGGCAGAAAGCACAUCCACGCGUAUGAUAUCAUAG